AUGGCUUCCUCUCAUGCUGUCGCCUCACACAGUACCUUCGAUGUUCUCCAGAUCGGUCGCUCUUCACAGUUUGUCAUGAGUUCACUCAUGAACUUGGGUCUGAAUGUUGUCAAGGUUAAUGUCUACCUUGAUUCUUCUGGCAAGCACAACAAAAUUUUCCAUUACCAAAGCUGCAAAAAAGUAGAAGACCCUGAAUUGCUUGAGGCCAUCCGUCUCACCGUCAUCAACAAUAUGCUUGAGCUUCAUUCUGAAUCAAGUUCUCAAUUUGCAAUGGAAGCAGCUUUUGGUGUUCUUCCACCAACUGAACAGGUGAAAAGCUCUUCAGGCUUGCUGUUUUUUAAUGCAGUUUACUAUAUAGAAACAACCGAUAGGCCUGGGCUAUUAGUUGAGCUGGUGAAGAUCAUUUCAGAUAUCAACAUUGUUGUCGAAUCUGGAGAAUUCGGCACCGAGGGUUUGUUGGCUAAGGUAAAGUUCCACAUAACUUACAGAAACAAAGCCCUAAUCAAGCUUCUCCAGCAAGAUAUUGCUAAUAGUCUGAGGUAUUUCUUGAAGCGUCCAUCAACUGACGAGUCAAGUUUCUGA